AUGUCCCGCUACGCCCAACUCCACGCCAACCCCUCCGGCCCCGGCGACGCCCGCCCCACCGCCCUCCAAAUCAUCCAAGACGAAAACCUCCUCGCCGGCAAACUCACCGGCAAAAUCGCCCUCGUCACCGGCGCCAACGUCAGCAUCGGCCUCGAAUCCGCCCGCGCCCUCCACGCCGCCGGCAUGACCGUCUACCUCGGCGCCCGCGACCCCGUUAAGGGCGAAGCCGCCCGCCUCGACAUCCUCGCCUCCUCCGCCUCCAGUUCCACGCCGUCCUCCGCCCCCGUCCACGUCCUCCAAAUGGAACUCGACUCCCUCGCCAGCGUCCGCCGCGCCGCCAACGAAUUCCUAUCCAAAGAACCCACCCUCACCAUCUUCAUCGCCAACGCCGGCGUCAUGGCCACCCCCGAAGGCCGCACCCGCGACGGCUUCGAAACCCAAUUCGGCACCAACCACCUCGGUCACUUCCUCCUCUUCCACCUUCUCAAGGACCGCCUCCUCGCCGGGAGCUCGCCCGAGUUCCACUCCCGCUUCGUCUCCGUUUCCUCCAUGGGCCACCGCGGCAGCGAGAUCCGCUUCCACGACGGCGUCGACGGCGGACCCGACUACGCCUUCGACGCGCCCGGGUCCUAUAACCCCUGGACCGCCUACGGCCAGGCCAAGACCGCCAACAUCUACCUCGCCAACGAGAUUGAGCGCCGCUACGGCUCCGGCUCCUCUAACCCCCGGUUACACGCCCUCUCCCUCCACCCCGGCGGCAUCUGGAGUAAUCUCCAGCAGCACGUGGGCGCCGACGUCAUCGAGUCCUGGAAGGCCGCUGAGGGCCUCAACGACUUCAUGAAGAGCCCUGCCCAGGGCGCUUCCACCUCCAUCUACGCAGCCGUCUCCGCUGAGUGGGAGGGCCGCGGCGGGCGCUACCUCGAUAACUGCCUCGAGACCGGCCCUGUGCGCGAGGGUCUCGCUCCUCUCGAUUUCUCUGACAAUGGCUACGCUCCUUGGGCGUUUGACGUCCAAAAGGCUACCAAGCUGUGGGAGGAGUCGUGCAGGUUGGUCGGUGUUCAGGAUGACUGA